AUGCUCUCGUAUAUAAAUCUUGUACCUCCCAUAAUCAACAUUAUCGUGCCUCUGCUCCCGCUCGUAUGGCUCUACAAGUCCAAACAGGCUCCAAAGCAGCCGACGUGCAUAGAAUCAUCUGACCUCCCACCAGUUUUCCCCAGAGCAAGCAACAAAGCUAAACCAACACAAACUACAGCCCAGAAAAACCCAGAAGACAUGCCCCAAACGGUUGGAAUUGUCGGCGCCGGUUUGGUCGGGUGUCUUGCUGGGCUUGCGCUCCACGCCAAAGGGUACGAUGUGACGAUUUUCGAAUUGAGACCAGACCCCAGGGCCAACGGUGGAAGGGCCUCGUUGAGGUCAAUCAAUUUGGCCGUCAGCGACCGGGGCAUUCGGGCAAUGAAGUAUGUCGACGAGGAUAUCGCCAAACGAGUGAUGCAGCAUGUGAUCCCCAUGAAGGGACGAAUGAUCCAUGAUAUCACCGGGAAGAAGCAGGAGUCACAGAAGUACGGGCUUUUCGGGGAAAGCAUCAACUCAAUUGACCGGUUGUUUUUAAACAAGUGCCUCUUACAGGAGCUCUCGAGGGUCAGGGUGAAGGUGUUUUUUGAGCACAAGCUCGUGAACUUGGUCAACGGGGAGCAGCCCGAGUUGAAGCUUGCGUCCAAAGAUGGGUUCGAAAAGAAAGUCAAGUUUGACUUUGUCAUUGGCGCCGAUGGAGCUCAUUCCCAGAUCAGAUACCACAUGCAAAAGGGCAUGAGAAUGGACGUUUCGCAGAAGUACAUUGACAUGCAAUAUUUGGAGUUGCUGAUUCCCAGAGUGGAAGGCGUCAGUGCUACUCACCCUUCGAGGUUUGCCAUUGACCCAAACCAUCUACACAUUUGGCCCCGGAAGGACUUCAUGUUGAUUGCGUUGCCCAACGAAGACGGCCUGUUCACGCUGACCUUCUUUAGCCCUUGGUCCACCAUCGAGCAGUUCAAGGAUGAUUCUGACAAGUUCUUGCAGUUUUUCAAGAAAAAUUUCCCGGACGCCUAUGACUUGAUUGGCGUUGACCGUCUCAAACAUGCCUUCUUGCACCAGCCUAGGGGCCUGUUGAUGCAGGUUUCUGUUAAACCGUACAGCACUCCCAACAACAGAGUUCUUCUUAUAGGUGACGCCGCUCACUCUAUGGUGCCUUUCUACGGCCAGGGCAUGAAUUGUGGGUUCGAGGAUGUCCAUGUUUUGAUGAAACUUCUUGAAAAGAACAGAAACAACCUUGUGAAGAGUAUCGGCCAGUAUACUGCUGAGAGGAAAGAGGACCUCGACGCCAUCUGCAAGCUUGCUCUCGACAACUACUACGAAAUGUCUACCAAGGUGAUUGACCCCCUAUACCUCUUGCGCAAAAAGAUCGAUUACGUGUUGGGCAAGUUGGGCACUGGAUGGCUCUUCACGUGGAUCCCCAUGUACACAAUGAUUUCCUUCAGAGGCGACAUACGGUACACUGACGCUGUGAGAAGAGAGAAGAGACAAGCCACCAUAUUGAAAUGGCUUCAGUACGGUUCUGUGGUUGUGCUAGCUGCUUUGAUUGUUUCACAAGGCAGAAGACUUCGAAAUAUUAUGGAUUUGCUUGGACACCGGAGGGCUCUGCCUGUGGUGAGGUAA